UUCUGCUCUUUUCUCAAGACUCCCGCGAUAGUCUUGCAUAUAUUUCCUAACCUUCUGCUCCCCUUGUCUUCUUCGCGAGCGAUGGAGAAGAGGGAGGAUCUGAACUCCAUCCUCCCCUUUCUUCCUAUCAUCCUUCGCUCCUCCUCCCUAUUCUGGCCCUCGAAAGCCCUAGAAUCUCUCAAAGCCCUAGCCCUCGGCCCCGACGUCAGCCGCGUCGAUUCCGGAGAGGUCCUCUUCGACGCCAUCCUCGAUCUCAGGGACGCCAUCGGCCUCUCCUCCGAACGGCUAGCCUCCAGAGCCGCCGAUGGAUACGCCCUCUUCUUCGACGAGCUGAUGUCUAGGGUGGAUUCGAGGGUGUGGUUUGGAGAGGUCAUUCCGAGCCUUGCAAAGUUGUUGGUGCGGUUGCCUUCUCUUUUGGAAGCCCAUUAUCAGAAUGCCGAUGAAGUUUUUGGUGAAGGAAAAGCUGGGCUUCGCAUAAUGGGCCCACAAGAAGCAGGCAUUGUGUUUCUAAGUCAGGAAUUAAUAGCUGCUCUUCUUGCAUGCUCACUGUUUUGCUUGUUUGCCACCAGUGAAAGGAGUGUCAGAUAUCUUCCACUCAUUAACUUCGAUCAGUUAUUUGCGGCCCUUCAUCCUCAUGGUAAACAGAGCCAGGAACAGAAAAUAAAGUGCAUUGUUCACUAUUUUGAGAGGAUAUGCCACUGCAUGCCUACAGGUUUUGUUUCCUUUGAACGGAAAUCCCUUCCUCUGAAACAAAGUUGCCAUGACAUAUCAUAUCCCAAGGCUGCUUUUUGGAGGAAAUCUACUGUUUCUCUUUGCCCGUUUGAGGUCUUUUCUUCUGGCUUGAUUGAAGAGCAACAAUGUGAAGCUCUUGAAGUAGAUUUUGCAAAUGAAUAUUUGGGAGGAGGUGCUCUUAACAGGGGCUGUGUGCAGGAAGAGAUUCGAUUUAUGAUCAACCCAGAAUUAAUUAUUGGCAUGCUUUUCAUGGCCUCCAUGGGUUAUAAUGAGGCAAUAGAAAUUGUUGGUGUAGAAAGGUUUUCAUGUUAUGUGGGGUAUGGCUCCUCGUUCUGUUUUGCGGGUGACUACCUGGAUAAGAAGCUAUUUGAUUCAAUAGGCAGGAGAAAGACAAGGAUUGUUGCAAUAGAUGCUUUAUGCAGUCCAAGAAUGAUGCAGUAUGAAGUUGAUUGUCUGGUUAGGGAAACAAAUAAAGCAUUUUGUGGAUUUCUGGAUAGUUCAAUAUAUCAGCACUGCUUGAAGAUUUUUCAAGAUGCUGAUGAGAACAGUAAUGAAGUUUCCAUUGCUAACCGCAACAUUUUUCCAGUUUGUGAAACUACUACUACUACUGAACAAGUCAAAGAUCCGGACAUUUCUGAAAAUGAAAGUGCAAGCAACUUGGACUUGAUUGGUAAUACUGAAAAUAAAAGCUGUCAGGUAAUAGACUCCCAGGAGGAUAUUGGGAUUGCAACUGGAAACUGGGGCUGUGGAGCUUUUGGUGGAGACCCUGAAAUUAAGAGUAUGAUCCAGUGGCUGGCUGCAUCGCAGGCAUUAAGACCUUUCAUCCACUAUUACACAUUUGGAGAAGCAGCCUUGCAGAGACUAGAACAGGUGACUCAAUGGAUCUUGCUGCAUGGAUGGACGGUGGGUGACUUGUGGAGCAUGAUAGUUGAAUACUCAUUCCAAAGGUUAAGUGGGGAGGCUAAUGUCGGGUUUUUAACUUGGCUCUUACCUGAUCACAGCACAAGAGAUGUGCAAUAUAUGUCAGAGUAGUGUCAUUCUUCAGCUGGUCUUCAGAAGCAAAUGGAAUUGAUUUUUAAAAUUUUCUAGUUUAUUUCUUCUAAUGUGCGACUCAUUUAGUUCUUUUUCUCUUUUUUUGGUGUUUGACUAUAAUUUGGCUAUAUCACUUCCUGAUAGCUAUCAGUAAUCUUAUUACUCUCUGCCAGGAGUGAAGGUUGUUGGGAGUUAGAGGGGGAGGUGUGGAAUGCAGUCAUAAUAUUCUGUUUAAAUUCUGCCAACUUAGGAGGAUUUUUCUAAUUGUCGGGGCAGUCAUAAUAUAUGUUCUUUUGUUUUCCUGAUGGCACGUAUAUAUGCUGCUAAUCUUUAACAUCAUUGGCUUGAUAUGUAUGCUGGAGAGGCAUCUCAAGUAAAUGAUGGAUAAUGUAAAGAUGAUAAGACUAAUUUUGCGUGAAUCUUUUCAAUUUUUUUAAAAA